AUGACUUCUUCUAACCCCGACCAGCGCCUGGAGCAUCUCCUGAGCGCCGUGGAGAGCGAGUUUCAGAAAGGCAGCGAGAAGGGAGACGCAUCCGAGCGGGAUAUUAAACUGACGCUGGACGACGCAGAAUUAUGGAACAAGUUUAAAGAAUUGACCAACGAGAUGAUAGUCACCAAAACUGGAAGGUAGGUUUCAGAAGGAAAUAUCCAGAUAAUGCCUUUCACUGUGCGUAAAAAGCGCAGGCCCGGAUGCGCCUUUUACGCACAGGGGUUUCCAACGCGUAACGUUAAAUUCGUGUUGAUGUUCUUAAUUUUAAAAAGCAAGAAAGACGGUUUUUAUUCCAUAUAGAACAUAUACAGUGCUGUGCUAAUAAAUAGUGCUGCGUAGUGCGGCCUUGGGGCCCAGGAGGUAAGAAGAAAGGUCAAGUUGUGAAGUGUUUUAAAACAUUUUCCUAAAAAGACCAUCCUUCUUGUUUUUCAGGAGGAUGUUCCCGGUGCUCAGGGCCAGCGUAACCGGCCUCGACCCCAACGCCAUGUACUCGGUGCUGCUGGAUUUCGUGGCCGCUGACAACAACCGGUGGAAAUACGUGAACGGGGAGUGGGUCCCCGGCGGCAAACCGGAGCCUCAGAGCCCUAGCUGCGUGUACAUCCACCCGGAUUCUCCAAACUUCGGAGCGCACUGGAUGAAAGCCCCCGUCUCCUUCAGCAAAGUGAAACUCUCCAACAAACUCAACGGAGGUGGACAGGUGAGAAGAAAAUAAUGUUAUCAUAAAAAAUAUUUCUAUUUUUAGAAUUUUGAAAUGCUAUGGAUUGAAAAACAGGCCUGGAAAAUAAUACAACAAAGUCUCCCAAAACAUCUUGACCUGUUUAAUAUCAUGCCUUUAAAGAUCUAAGCCUGUUUUAGAUAUUUAAAGGUUUUCACUUGGCUUAAAUGAAUUAUCUACUAAAGUUUUUAAUUGUUUUUUGGAUGAUAAAGAAAUAAUAUAUCUUGUUUUUCUCCAUAGAUCAUGCUGAAUUCUCUGCACAAAUAUGAGCCAAGGAUACACAUCGUGAAAGUGGGAGGCAUCCAGAAGAUGAUCAGCAGCCAAUCUUUCCCUGAAACUCAGUUUAUCGCUGUCACUGCUUACCAGAAUGAAGAGGUCAGUGUUGUAUUGAUCGAUUAUCCUUCAAGAUUACCUGUCUUGUAAAACGAUCAAGAUGUCAACAGCUGUGAUGUCUUCCCACAGAUUACCGCUCUGAAGAUUAAGCACAACCCCUUUGCCAAAGCUUUCCUGGAUGCCAAAGAAAGGUACAGAAUAUCGACUCAAAUGAUCCGUUUAGUUGUUAAUUCAGUGGUUUGGCAGAGCAGAAUCUAAUGUUUUGUUGUGUUUGACUACAGGAGUGACCACAAAGAAGUCCCCGAUCACAGCGCAGAUAGCCAACAGUCUGGCUACUCUCAGCGUGAGUGUCAUUUCUUAAACCAUUCCCAAAGCAAAUCUCGCUAAAUUCCCGUGAACAAGCUUCCAAAAUCAGGUGUUCUGUUAUCUCGCUAAUAUUUUGCUCAUUUGAUUCCACAGUCGGUGGCUGGUUUCUCCCGGGACAAUCACCCAUCUGCCCCAGCAGCAGCCCUCCUCAGUUCAGCAGCACAGCGGGCCACUCUUCCGGCUCCUACUGCGAGCGCUACUCCAGCCUGAGGAGCCACAGGGCGGCCCCCUACCCGAGUCACUACCCACACCGAGCCUCCAGCACGAGUAAGACUUCACUCACUACCAUCAGUGUUGGACUUUUAAUCAGAAGAAACAUGUGAAAGAGGAUGAUAACUGAGGAUUGGUGUUAAUUUGUUUACUUUUUUCUCAUUUUUUAGACAACUACAUGGACAACACUUCAGGGGCUCUUCCCACUCAUGACAGCUGGUCUGCUCUGCAAAUCCCAAACUCCACCGGCAUGGGCACUCUGUCCCACUCCACUAACUCCUCCUCUAACUCCAGGUAAACCGCUUAACCAUAUAUGCUUCUAUCAAUAAGUGCUGAAGAUAAAUAUGACACCUUCUUUGACUCUUCUGUUUUCGAGGAGAAAAGCUAACCCUCUCAUUCUUCUGCUUUACAGUCAGUACCCCAGCCUCUGGUCAGUAGCUGGCACCACCCUCACCCCAUCAGGCUCUGCUUCAGGCUCCAUACCAGGAGGUCUGACCUCCCAGUUCCUGAGGGGCUCCUCCUACACCAGCCUGACUUCUUCUCUGCCCGUCUCCUCGCCCUCGUCCAUGUAUGACCCCAGCCUGAGUGAAGUCGGAGUCGGGGAUGCCCAGUUUGAGAGCUCUAUCGCCAGGCUGACCGCGUCCUGGGCUCCUGUGGCACAGAGCUACUGA